CGCGGAUCCCACUCGGUAUCUUUCAACGCGUUUACGUUGACUUGUUAUAACACAUACCAGCUUAUUGGUUGUCUUUACUCUAUCGAAGAUCUAAGAAGAAUGUACAUAAAAAAAAAGUAAAUCGUCUUCUCCAUCAGAGAGAAUCAGAAUGGGGAACUGUCUCUCAGCUUCCAAGGAGCAGCUUGAUCCUAUUUCAGCGGAAGAGCGUGUGAAAGUCUUCACGGUGGCAGAGCUGAAGAAAGCAACUAACGAUUUUCGAAAGGAGAUGGUAAUAGGAGAUAGCUUUGGCAGCCAUGUCAGGGGAUACAUCAACCCCAAGACGUUAUCUCCAGCCAAGGAAGGGGUUGGCAUGGCUGUAGCGGUUAAGAGAUGUUACAUGUUCAAGGAUCUUGAUCAAGAUUUGCAAGAUUGGCUUAUUGACCUAGAGUUUCUACGACGUAACUCUCAUAAUCCAAGCCUGGUGAAGCUCAUUGGCUAUGGUUCGGAUCAUCGUACGUUGUUCAUUGUUGCUGAAUACUUUCCAAACGGAAGCUUAAAAAACUACAUCUAUAGAGAGAAUCGUCCAAAGUCAUUGCCCUGGGAGACGCGACUUAACAUAUCCAUAGGAGUGGCUCAGUGUCUUGCUUUCUUGCACUCUUGGAAGAAAACCAGUCUCUCUCGCAGAUAUAUCACCGCUUCUAAAAUCCUUCUCGAUUUGGAGUUCAACGCAAGAGUUUCGUAUUUCGGACUCGAAAACCUACCUUACUGUGAAGAAGGGACACACGUCCCCUCCUUAGAUUAUGCACCUCCCGAAUACAUAUUAUCAGGGAAGUUGGACAUGUCGGGGGAUGUGUACAGCUUUGGUGCUAUACUGCUCCAGAUGUUAACUGGUUUAAAAAUGCGGCGCAUAAUUCUAGAAAUACGAAAUGACAAUGAAAGCAUUGCUAAGAUGAUCGAUCCGGAUUUAGAGAAUAGCUAUCCUAUUCAAGAGGGGAUACGUAUGUGCGAGAUUAUUAAACAAUGCCUUGAGGAAGACCCGAAGAAUCGACCAUCCAUGCAACAGGUGCUGGAUAACUUGAAUGCGAUAGCUAGGACUUGAGGACAAGUUAAUUAUGAGUUGUAAACGCAAAAAAAAAAUCCACUGAGUCACUGACUAUAAGACAGGUAUAACAUAGUUGAUGUACGCAUAUAUUCAUUUGUAUUAAACAAGUGCGAAUGUAGUAUAUGUCAGUAAAUAACUUGUUUUUU